UGGGUGAGAGAGAAGGGGGGAGAGAGAGAGAUCCUUGCUUUCGUUUGGUCCGUUAGCUUAUUGUCACCGUUUGUUCCACAGUGUGAGCUUUCUGCACCGAUAAAUACCAACAUCCAGCCGACAUGGGGAAAGUAGAGGGCGGAAUGAAAUGCGUGAAGUACCUUUUGUUCAUCUUCAACUUUAUAUUCUGGUUAAUGGGCUCAUUUGUUCUGGCAGUGGGACUUUGGCUGCGUUUUGAACCUGAUACUGUUUCUCUUCUUGAUGACAAAGACGCUCCAUAUACAUUUUUCCUUGGUGUGUACAUACUAAUUGGUGCUGGCAGUCUGAUAAUGCUGGUUGGGUUUUUUGGCUGUUGUGGAGCUGUUAGAGAAUCUCAGUGCCUGCUGGGUUCAUUUUUUGCUUGCCUGCUGAUCAUCUUUGGAGCCGAGGUGGCAGCAGGAGUAUUUGGAUUCAUAAAUAAAGAUAAGAUCAUUGACGAUGUACAGAACUUCUACAAAAAGAUUUACAAUGAAAACAGCAACAGUACAGUGAUCUUGUCCUACUACAAAGUGCUGAACUGCUGUGGAACUUCAUCAAGCCCAUGUGAUGAUGCUGAAACUAACAAUAAGAAUUGUGAACAAGGAAUCGAAGAUUUUUUCAACAGUAAACUCUUCAUCAUCGGUUAUGUGGGCAUUGGCAUCGCUGGAGUCAUGAUCAUUGGGAUGAUAUUCAGCAUGGUGCUUUGCUGCGCCAUCCGCAACAGCAGGGAGGUCCUCUAAGCUCCGUCUUUGAACAAUCUACACCCUCCAUCCCCUAAAGCACUUUGGAUAAGAUGUCAAUUUCUGUCACUCAUCCAGACACCAAGACGUAAAACAGGUUUCAUAAAUUCCUCUUAAUGUUGGUACUCCGCUCCCUCCUUUUGACCUGUUUUUAAAUUCCUGCUCACAACCAAAUAGAAUAAUAGCGUUCAUAGACCUUUGUUAGGAAACUUUAUAUUUACCCGACAAUCCCCUAAACAAUUUUUUCCUCUUAACCAUUUGGCCACUGCUAGAUUUUUUUUAACCACAUACUGUCACAGCGGUGUCAGUGCUUUUUCACACACCAUUGACACUGACCCCUUUCCUGUGGGAAACUGGAGCCUUAGAGAGCCAUAUAAGGUUCAAAUGUCUAAGUUUGCUUAUGUGUGACACAGAAGUACAGAUAACCCACACACCACUGUCAUACUACAUGAGGUUACCACCUUGAUUUAAAAAAAAUUUUUCUGACCAUUGGUGAGUCAAAAAGUACGUACUGUACACAGACUCCGUCAGCUGUUCUUUUUUUCUUUUUUUUAACAAACUACACCUAAUGUAAAGAAAUUAUUUCUGAUUUUGAGUUUUAUUUAUUUGGAUUGUAAAAGAUGUUUUGUUAAAAAGUAUUGAUGUUCAAACAUACCCUGUUGUCUGACAUUUAAGCUUGUAAAUGGAUGUAAAAACAAAACAAAAUGGUGCUAGACGUUUUUACUAAAUUUGGAAAAAAAGAAUGGACUCGACCCCUUGCCUUUUACACAAAGAUUGCUGGAAAUAGACACUGCCCCCUAUUGACGGAUGGAUAGAUGUUUAUGGACAAAACUGUGUUAAAUUAACCAAGAAGAUCAUUUAGGCAGUCGUUUCCUUCUGUGUGGAUUUCUUUAUCCCUAAGGUGUUUAGUCCAUUAAAAACAGACUCAGGCUUGUUUUCCCCUUUGUGCGUUUCGUUUGAGUAAAUGUGCACACAACAGUUCCACUAAGAUGAAAACCAAAACACAGUAGAGAGACUGUUUGGAGGAGCGUGCUACAGUAGCAGCCAUUCAAAAUGGCUCUUCCCAGUCAAACGCCAGCCGAAUGGCAAACUUCCAGCCACUAGAGUGAGAUUUUUUUACUCUGACUCCAUGCUUUCACUGAAUUAUGGGGUCUUACAAGGAGAAGGCGCUUCUCUUUAGAUCUUGAUGUCCACAAAUCAUGACAGAAAGAAUAUUUUAGUACAAAGAUUGAUCUUUAAAAAAGGAAUCAGAGAAGGACCAGCCAAGGGCCCAUCAAGGAAAGUGGGGAAAGUUUGAAUGGCUGCUACUGUACUUGUUACUUUUUUUUAUAUAAACUGUAGAAGCAUUUGUGACUAUCAUCCGACAUAGCUAGCAGGUGUACGCACCAAAAAGCCGCGUCAUAUGCCUUCCUGUUGCUAGGUUUGUUUUGCUUUAUGACAUGCGGGUAAACAGCAUAAAGCCCUCAAGAUCUCCUCUCAAAGUCUUUCAGUAUUCAUUUCAGAUAUUUUUGCUUAAAAAUAUUACUCAGAAACAAAAGAUGAUGUGAUUAAAUCAUUUUGGUUAUAGCUCAGAACACAGCAUCAAAAGUAUACUUACGUACUUCUGAUCCAAACUUAACUGACCAAUAAACAAACAUAAUCUACCUGCAAUGGUUUUUAGUGACACGUUUUAGCCUGCUUUGACUUCUUCUCUGUAAAAGGUUUAUAAACUCAUCAAAUGAUUAUAAAAAAGUCAAUUUCUGUUGUGAAAUCGCCUCUAGACCCUCUUUACUCU